AGGCCAGCUCGCGCGCGAAACACACAUCGUCGUAAUAUACCUGCGCAUUAGUAACUCGUAACUUCGCGACUCGUAGCUGCAACGUCGAGAGUAUAACUUUCCAAUUAUUCCUUCGUGUACGUAUACGUGUAGCUAUACGUAUUAGUUGUAAUACUUCGGUAAUGCUGCGCGCGAUUACGUAUGUUAUCCUUCAAUUAAAGCCACGCAUACGAGUGUGCAGUUGCAAGAGCGCGUGGAGUUUUUUUUACCAAUUUUUUUAUCAAGUGCGAAUGUUGUUGAAAAAUAAUGAUCCCGUGAAAGUAGGACGGUUUAUAGCGCUUUACAAAUUUGAGUAAGAAUUCAAUAAUAUCGUGCACCCCCCAAAUUACGGCUAUGCAAGUUUACGCGCAUUGCUUCGCGCAUAAUCGACCAUUUGAACUCGUAAGAAAAAAACAACCAAGUUGACAUUCAUCGCGCAGAGUCAGUAGUGAGCCAAUAUGACGGGGUGUGCUUAUCGAUACGUAAUUUCAACGCAAAUUGACGGUUUAAACGCGCAAACUGUUCAUUUCGGUAUGGCUUUGAUGCAUGGAAUUUGAAAUGGAAUUUGAAUGCGGCAAUGAAGCAAACAUUGAAAAUUUGCAAUUUCAAUCAUAUUCCAAGUAGUGUAGAUUCUCAUUGCAAUGCGUUUAAUCAAUCAAGAAUAUUAGGGAUAACGUGACGUAAUUUAACUAAUAAUGAUAUUAGUGAAACUUUAAUUUAAAAAAUCACGCCGUUUUAAUCUUUUAUUGGAUAUGAAAAUGCACAUCGAGAAAAAAUUUCACAGUUGCUGACCGCAUGCAUUUUUCCCUUUUCCGAUGUUUAAAUAAGAUUUCUUUUUGAAAAAUUUAAAUCCCCUUUGAAUGCACUAUAAGUGUGUUACUGUAGAGACUUGAGUACAUCUAUGAAAAAAUAAAAAUUGAGCUUUUGUUAAACGUGGCCAGGCUAUAGCAGAAUACGAGCUGGUUAGAAGGAAAUUCAAAUAUACCAUGCAUAAGUUGUUGAGUCGAGAGUGUGUAUUGGAUCACGCAAUUAACUUGAAUAUUUGAAGAGCACUUGAAAUUUGACAUUAUGUAUGUACUUAAUGUAUAAUAAUAAUAAUGUUCUCUCUCACUCACUCACUCACAAAUAGCUUUCGGUGCCGUUGUUGAUUUUCAAUAAAUAUUUAGCGACUAGAAUAAUUAUAAAUAAUUACGCACGAUUCACUUGCUGGCUUUGAGAACUGAAAAUCAUUACAACUGCAGUUUAUGUGUUUAUUAUUAUUAUUAUUAUUUCCGCGUAACUCGGUGUUGCAAUUGCGCUAUGGAUUAUCGAUACGAUUGUGUUCGGCUAAUAUGUUCUUUUUUUUUCGAAGCGAUACUCUUGUUGUUUUGCGAUGUAACUACCUGCAAUUAUUACGUAGCUAUACAUUUCGCGCGUUCCCAUUUCACCGACUUUUCAACAAAAAAAAAAAAAGAAAAAAAGGUCGAAGGGGGCGAGAGAAGAACGAAGAGACAAAUGUCAAAACAACGAUUGCCAUCGUGCGAGCAUCAGUUGGCUCAUUGUAAUCGUCUCGCGUCGCGAGAAUGGCGACGAGAACAAUUCCGACUUACUCGGUGGUAACCAUACCUAAGGCCCCGUUCGUCAUGCAAUCCAGCGUCGACGGUCGCUUCAGCGGCUUAUUGAUCGACCUAUUGAACGAGCUGGCAAGACGUCUGCGCUUCAGGUACAAAAUAACGGUGCUGGGCGAGAACGAGUACGGCAUCAUGAACGACGAGGGCGAGUGGGACGGCAUGAUCGGUAUGUUGAAGAACGGCAAGGCCGACAUAGGUCUGGCGGCUCUGAGCAUCAUGUCCGAGCGAAGGAGGGUCGUCGAUUUCACCGAGGCCAUCUUCCCGUCCGUGGGAAUUUCCGUGCUGAUGCGUCAGCCGGUCGUGCCCACGACUUUGUUCAGAUUCUUGACCAUCCUCGAGGUGGACGUGUGGCUCUGCAUCAUCGGGGCCUACUUUCUGACGAGCCUGCUGAUCUGGAUAUUCGACGCGUGGUCGCCUUACAGCUAUCAGAACGUCGUGAAAAAUCCGAAGAAGGCCGGGGUCGACGAGAAGGACAUCGACGACGAGUGCAAGCGCAUCUUCAGCCUGCGCGAGUCGCUCUGGUUCUGUCUGACGUCGCUGACGCCCCACGGCGGCGGCGAGGCGCCGAGAAACCUGUCGGGCCAGCUCGUCGCCGCGACCUGGUGGCUCUUCGGUUUCAUCGUCGUGGCCUCGUACACGGCCAAUCUCGCCGCCUUCCUCACUAUCAGCAAAUUCGAGAAGGUCAUCGAGAGCUUCGACGACCUCGUCGAGCAGUACAAGUUCUCGUACAGCGUCGUGGAGAACAGCACGACCUAUCGCUACUUUCUCAGAAUGCGCGACAUAGAGAUGCGCUUCUACGAGAUCUGGAAGGAUACGACGCUCAACGACAGCCUGUCGCAUUACGAGCGCGCCCAGCUCGCCGUCUGGGAGUACCCGCUGAGCGACAAGUUCAUCAGGAUAUUCGCGGCCCUCAAGCAGCACGGCCUGCUCAAGAGCUUCGACGAGGCCAUCGAGCGCCUCGAGGCGCCCCAAUCCAAGUUCGCCUUCAUCACCGAGGCCACGGACGUCAAGUAUCGCGCCCUCACCGACUGCCAGUACAAGGAGAUCGGGCCGGAAUUCGCCAAGAAGCCGUACGCCAUAGCGCUGCAGAAGAAUUCCAAUCUCACGCAAGCUUUCAACAAUGCUAUUUACGAGCUGUUCGACAACAGAUGGAUGCAAAACGUUCGCACCAAAUGGUGGGAGGAAAAUCCCGAAAGGAAAUUUUGCGACACGGACGAGCUCAAAGGAGGAAUAACGAUCAAGAGUAUCGGCGGGCUUUUUAUUUUCAUUUUCAUCGGGAUUGGCUUGAGUUUGGUGACAUUGAUAUUUGAAUAUUUUUACUUUACCCAAUUCAAGAGAAAAUUCAAAAACGUGCUUGAUUUCUCGACCGUCGCGUGGGAACGGGUAAAAGCGAUGGCUACGAAAGUGUGGCGAAAGUUGAUAUCAUGAUGAUCCAUUGGUAACAUGUAUAAGUAGGGUGAAUUCAAUAUAAAAUAUAACAAAACUUAUAGUCUGCAAUAAGUUUAUUUCAUCAUUCUUAGAUUUUAUAUACAUUUCGAAUAGUGUGUGUAUUCCACAUUUCACAUUUUACAGCUCUCUUUUAUUCGUUCGUGACACUUUUGGUUCGUUUUUUUAUUAUUUGUGUUUACAUGAAUGCAUGUGUUCGUUUAAUCUUAUAUUUCUUUGUUUUUUUUUUUUAGUAAAAAAUUUAGAUUUCGAAAAUACAAUUGGUUUCGAGCAUUUAUUUUAUUUAUUUAAACUCAUACAUUUUUUGACAUCUCUCGAGUUUUUCACUAAUUAAGUAAUAGUUAAAAAGUCGUCCCAAUUUUCGUCAACUUAUAUAUCAACUGUAUAGAUUUUUUUAGUGACCUGUUAAUCCCUAAUGACCACAUCGACAUUUCGAUCAGUUCAGUUAGCAAUUGAAUAUGAAGUUUUCAAUAAAUAACCUGAUAAUUUUUCCUAAUGGUCACUUUGAUUUUUCGAUAAAUUUUUUCAUCAUUUGAUUCGAAUGUUUUUUAAUUUAUAUUCUCAAUUGAUAUGAUGUAUAUACAUUAUUAAAAAUAACAUUCAAGUGCGAUUUAAAUUAUUGUUCUUUGUUACGAACAUUAGUUCUCGUAAAUAAACGUCCAAUCGAUAAAACAACAGAAACUGACAUUUAAAAUAUAAUUUUAAUAUGAUGAGCAAAGUUAUAACAAAACAACUGGAUAAAAAUUUUCCAUAGUAAUCAAUAUAGCUUACAUACUCUUCUCUCAGACUGUAAAUUAAAAAGAAUCAAAAUUUUUAAGAAUAUCUUUUCGAAGUUUGCAAUCCACCUUGCAAUUUUAUACGUUUUCGCCUCUUUAUAUAUAAUAUAUAGCAUCUUUUUCUCUUUUUCGUUGAUGCGAAUCUCUGCUCAUUAUUUUCUUUUUUACUUCAUUUAUAAAUUUUGUUAUAUGACUCUUGUCAUAAUUUUAUAAUAUAUUUAUUUUGUUAUAUUUCAUACAAUAUUCUCACCCCGAAAUGCAUUUCUUGUAUUACAGUAUUGUUUUUUUUUUUUGCAUUUCGUUCUUACAUCAUUCAAAAAAUUUUUCAUUCUAUUCUGAAUCAAGAUUUAUU